CUCUUGACAAUCCGAAUCCACCCAGUCACCCCUCUUCGGCCUCCCGCACUUCGCGUCUUGCGUCGCGUACGUCGCGCUCUGUCGUCUCGCCUCACUUUGUGACCAUGGCCUCCCUGCGUCUCUGGUUGUCGGCUGUCACUGCGCUGCUUGUGGCGAGCGCAAGCUUGGCUGCUCCUGCUGUGCACACGAAGCGUCAGUCGAUUACGUCCGUUUCGCAGUCGCAGAUCGACUCGUAUACGCCGAGUGCGUGGUACGCCGCGGCGGGGUACUGCGAGGCGUCCGCAACGCUCGCCUGGAACUGUGGCACGAACUGUCAGGGGAACCCUUCGUUCAAGCCUAUCGCAUCAGGCGGUGAUGGGUCUGAUGUCCAAUUCUGGUUUGUUGGGUAUGAUCCCACUCUCCAGACUGUCGUUGUUUCCAUCCAGGGAACCAAACCUUCGGCGAUUAUACCUCUUAUCACGGACGGUGAUAUCGAAUUGGUAAACCUGGACUCAACGCUCUUCCCUGGCCUUGAUUCCUCUAUCGAGGCGCACAAGGGCUUCGCCGACGCGCACGCCGAUUCAGCAACCGACGUUCUCGCAGCUGUGCAGCAAACGAUGAGUCUGUUCAACACCUCGGACGUCCUCGUCACCGGCCACUCGCUCGGCGCCGCGAUCUCGCUCCUGCACUCGGUCUACAUCCCGCUCCACGUCCCUUCGGCGAAGGUUACUUUCGUCGGCUACGGCCUCCCUCGCGUCGGCAACCAGCAGUUCGCGGACUACGUCGACGCGCAUGAUGCCAUCACCUCCGUCACGCACAUAAACAACAAGGAGGACCCGAUCCCGAUCCUGCCUGGGCGCUUCCUCGGCUUCCACCACCCCUCGGGCGAGAUCCAUAUCCAGGACUCGGGCGCGUGGCUGGCGUGCCCGGGGCAGGACAACACCGACUCGGAGUGCAUCGUGGGCGAUGUCUCGAGCAUUUUCGAUGGCGACGAGAGCGAUCACGACGGGCCAUACAAUGGGGUGGACAUGAACUGCUAACCGUGCGUUGAAGCUUUCAUGAUGGGGUAUGGUCGAGAGGACUGGGGCCAUUCCGUUGUAUUAUGUGAGCGUGUAAGGUACAUAUUACACGGGAUACAAAUGACGCGAUACACGGUUCUA